UUGCGGAUUUCAUCACGUGUUGUGGCAUAAAAACCUAAGUGAUGUCAAAUUUAUAGGAAAAUCCAUCGACCUUGUGAUAUGACGUUAUAAACACGCGACGCUUGCUGGUCAGUCACGUGAGGCGUGGUGUGAAGGAAGACAACAGUGUAAAUUCAUCUGCACUGCCUAAAAAUGACCACCGCUCUGACCCAAGGUUUAGAGAGAAUACCCGAUCAGAUUGGGUAUUUGGUUAUUAGUGAGGAAGGUGUACUUGCGUCCGCAGGAGAGCUGGAGAAUGACGAGCACACAGCAGGAGUGAUCAUGCAGAUGGUCAGAACAGCUUGUCGUUUCAGAUUGCAUGGGACAGCUGAGCCCCCUUUCAAACGCAUGUCAGUGAUGUUCGAAGACUACGUUUAUGCUGUGACCAUCUCUGGACAGAAAGUUUUUGUAGUCAAAAGGCAGAACAACCAGCGGGAACCUGUUAUUGUGUAGUAAAGAGGACAGUAUGGACUGAUCUUACCCAUUAUUACAAGCUCAAAAUGGUGCCCUCACAUUGAAAUGACCCAGCCAUUACAACUAUCUGAUGUUUAGCACAAUCACAAUCAAUUUCUUUUGUAAAGACUUUAUUACGCCGAUUUGGGGGUGGUGUCAGGUGUAUUUGACCUGAACCAGAGUAAGUUAAUGUGUUUUUCUUGUAUGAUUAUAAUGUUACAAACUGGUUAAGGGAUUUAUCUUAUGUCUUUUAAUGCAGGAGUAAAUGCUAUCAAUAUUUUAGCCCCAUUUAUGCUUGAGUGGUCACAUUUAAGGUAUUACUGGAGUUCAUUAUAUGUGUGUAUUUACAUUUAACCCAUACAGUCCAUUAACCUAUGAUUUCCUCAUACAAA